AACAUGGUGAGAGUGAGGGUUAAUUAACUGUGGCUGUAGAUGCGGUUCAAGACCGCUGAGUUUGAGCCUCAUUCAGAUGGUGAUAAAUAUGAUAUUUACCCAGUGGGAGUGAGAUUUUUGGAGAGAAUGGAUCCUUGCCUUCUGGCUGAUCCAUAUAUGGCGUCAGAUUGGUUGGGGAAUGUUGGGUCGUGAAAGUGACUUGAAGUGGAAUCGUGUCGUUUUUUUGCGUUUCUGCCAUUCAGAGGGAGCGUGCGCUCCGCACCACACGCCUGAGGACAAUACCUGUGUUUUGAUUUGAUUGGAGAGGCGUUAAGUGUUGAGCAGGGUCAACUGAAGUUGAAGAUUCCCACGCCCAAUGUUUUUUGCUUUGCAGACCGGGUGAAGAGCGUGGUGAAACAGAGAAGACACGGUUUUAUUUUAUUUUUAUUUUAUCUUUAUUUAACCAGGCAAGUCAGUUAAGAACAAAUUCUUAUUUUCAAUGACGGCCUAGGAACAGUGGGUUAACUGCCUGUUCAAGGGCAGAACGACAGAUUUGUUGUACCUUGUCAGCUCGGGGGUUUGAACUUGCGGUUACUAGUCCAACGCUCUAACCACUAGGCUACCCUGCCGCCCCUGUCUGUACUAUUGGGUUUUGAUGCAGAGUCUAAAGUCAAGUUAGGAUUGGUCAGUUAUCCCGUGAGAGCUUUUGUCCCAAACCCAUUAUGGUGUUUUAUAGGUGUCAAGCUUAUGGUCAUGUAGCAUCAGUGUGUAGGAGGGAGAAUCCUAGAUGUGAGAAGUGUGCAUGAUGACUUGAGACAGGAAUGUGUAGUAUCUUUGGAAAACGUUAUGUUUAACUGUAGGGGUACCCACAUGGUGCUGGAGAUCAGAGGUGUCCGGUGAGAGAAAGGCAGUUUGAGGUUGCCAGCAUCAGAGUAGUACAGAAGGUGUAGUAUGCUGAGGCAGGGAAGAGAAUAGUAGAGGAAGGUGGGUCCAGGAUGAGGGAUCCUGGACCAAAAGGAAAGGGAAAGGGGGAUACCUAGUCAGUUGUCCAACUAAAUGUAUUCAACUGAAAUGUUACUUACGCAUUUAACCCAACCCCUCUGAAAUCAGUAGAGUGGUAGGAAUAGCAUGUGCUUCAGUAGGUUUUUUUUUUUUGGGGGGGGCAUUCAUAGCCAUGGUGAUCAACUGUACCAGAGGAAUGGAAUGAAAAUCACAGAGGAUAGAUGUUGUGGUGGCAGCUGUAGAGAAGUACUUGGGUGUACGAGAUUUUACUGUAGAAGAGUUACAAGGUGAUUUAAACGAUAGUGUCCCAUCCUCUUAGGCUGCUUGCCUGGUGCAGGAUCAAAUGGGGCCAAAGUAGUGGAAUAGUGGUGAGGUAUGGCAAUUUUUUCACAUAGUGUAAUGAAUUCAUACUACAUGAUAGUAGGCUGAUGCAGAGUCAAUACAGUAGGUGGUGGCAUGCACCUAUAAUAUUUAUUUGCGGCCCUCCAUAAUGAAGAAGUAAAAAAAAAAUAAUAACAACUGUUUCCCAUAGUGCUCCAGUCCACCACGUUGGCGUGACUUGACGCUUUGUGUGUUGGUGGCAGUGAGCCCAAGACUCCGUUUUUUGGUCAGUGUGUGUGAAGUGCUGGAUUGUCAGAAAUCUGUGAUUUUAUAUCGGAAUACCGUUGACGUAACCGAAUAGGCUCUCUGACAUUGUGAAGACGUCAUGGAUUUCGCGUGAAUCUCCGAUCUUUGAUCACCUCGACAACAUUGUUUUGAAGGCCUGUAGCUACUGCUAACUAACGUUACAGGAAAAACUCGAGCUACUGUGGCUAGCUAGCGGUGAAUCCUGGGCCGAGGAAAACAAGUGAGGCGCUGGUGCUAAUUGUUGUCGUUUUUGGAGUCAUACUACUCAAACCCUUUCAUCAAAUGUUGACUGGUUGUCUUAUGAAUUCGAAUGGUGGAUAUAAAACAUCGUAACAAACUGUCAGACUUCUUUCCCUAGCCAUUUAAUAGCAACUUAGCAAUAACAAGCUAACUAACUUAGCUUAUUAGCUACUUAUUCCAGCGCUUGCUAGCCAGCCAGCUAAUGCUGAAGUAUUAACUUAGCCAGCUAGCUAGCUGGUUGAAGUUCUUGGUAUGAUUUCUAAAGUACAGUAACUAUUUAAUAUUUGUGAUGUAUGUAAGCUUCGAGUAUGACACCGUUUGGUGUCAGUUGAGAGUAAUUCACAGGUUGCUACAUAUGCUAGCUUAGUAAAUUAGCCCAGUUACCUAUUCUUAAUAUCUAAUCACACUAGUAAGGUCAGUUCAGUUCGGCAACUAUAAAGGGUUAUAGCGAGGUAGAAAAGUUUCCCCAUCAAGUGUUUUUGAACAGCAAUACCAUUAAAGGUUAAUUUAAACCACCCAUUAGCAUUGAUCAGUCAGAUUCUUUCCCCUAUGAAGCAUCACUGUCGAGAUUGGAUGUUGUCUGUAUCAGCAGAUUACGUUUGUUCUUCUUGGCACUGCUGAUUAACGGCCAACACGUGAGCAGCUGCAGGUCAUACAAACUUACUGAUCGGCCCUUGCGCGAUACUGACAAACGACACAAUGAAUCGCUAUCUGCCAGUUGCACGACAGCACUUCUUGGGUGCAUUAACCAACACCAGCGUUGUGGUGAAGUCCAUAAGUGCCAUAGUGCUACUUCUGUAUCUGCUCUCGUGGGCAGUUGACACUCCAUACGCCCUGGGUGUGACGCCUGGCUACCUCUUCCCCCCUAACUUCUGGAUCUGGACCCUGGUGACCCAUGCUGUGGUGGAGCAGCAUGUGUGGGGAUUGGUGGCCAAUGUUGGGACUGUCAUGGCCUGUGGCCGGCUGUUGGAGCCUCUGUGGGGCGCCUUGGAGCUGCUAAUCUUUUUUGCCGUGGUCAACAUCUCUGCAGGCCUCCUGGCGGGCCUCUCCUAUUUGCUCACGUACGUCGCCACCUUUGACCUGGACUACUUGUUUGCUGUGCGAGUCCAUGGGGCACCAGCUUUCCUCGGGGGGGUGUUGGUGGCCCUCAAGCAGACCAUGGGGGACACGACUGUGCUGCGGGUUCCACAGGUGAGGCUCAAAGCGUCCCCGGCGCUGGUCCUCCUCUGCCUGGCCCUGCUACGCCUCUCUGGCCUGCUGGAGAAUGCCGCACCACUGGCGGCCUACAGCUUUGGCGCCCUGGCAGGUUGGGUCUACCUGCGCUUCUACCAGAGGCACAGCCGGGGCCGUGGGGACAUGUCAGACCACUUUGCCUUUGCCUCCUUCUUCCCUGAAGUGGUGCAGCCAGUGGUGGGGCUGCUGGCUGGCCUGGUGCACGCAGCCCUGGUGAAGAUCAAGGUGUGCAGGAAGAUGGUGAAACGCUAUGACGUCGGGGCACCUUCCUCCAUCACCAUCAGUCUGCCGGGGGUGGAUCCCCAGGACACAGAGAGGAGGAGGCAGUUGGCGCUGAAGGCCCUGAACGAGCGACUGAAGAAGGUGGAGGACCAGUCGGCCUGGCCGAGCAUGGAUGACGAAGAGGACGACGAUGAGGACGAGGUUCGGGCCGACACCCCGCUGCUCUCUGGACAUGAGAGAACCUCGCCAGUAGGGGGGUCUAAUGGUUCCCAGAACACCACGGGACAGGAGUCCAGCAUCAUCAGCUUUGAGGACGCUCCCUCCAGCUCAUAACAGACACACUGAUACACACUGCUAUUCAAAACUUAGUAUAGCUCACACACUACAGUGACUACACCCCCCCCCCACACACACACACUAGCUGUAGCAGUUUUUGACACAUUGUCAGGCUUAUCAGUUUUUCGCUCUGACUCGCCGAAGUUGUACACAGAUUGUUCUCCUGGCCCCACCCGCAUAUGUCCAUUGAAACAUGAAUGCAAUGUACAAACACAUUGGACUCUCCCUGGUUUGUCACGUCUCUCCUGAAUAAACUAUUGAAUGGUUGUACAAAAUGUUUUUUUUUUUUUUUAAUUACAGCUCUUUUGACCCGAGACACCUGCUCCACACCUGCUGCUCUCGUCUGACUCCCAGACCUUGUGUCUGAGACGCCACGACCAGAGCAGAGACUCUUGGCAAACUCUCCAUCUGUUGCUGUGUGUUGCUAUUGUACCAGAGCAAGCUUUCAGCAGACGGAUGCAGAUUCUCAAUGGUUUUCUAGGUCAUCCUUUUGUGCUGAUUGGUGUUUAGUCUUCAAUGUCUUUGACAUCUUUUCUCUCUUCUCCAUCACUGAAAGACUGAAAGACAGUUAUGGCCAAAUAUAUAUUGACACACUUGCACUUUUCUUAAAUAAUUCCCUAUUACUUCGAAAAUAAAUUGAAAUUAAAAACAAACAAACUGUAACCACACACUGGAUUUUCGACAUUGCAGAACCAAUUUAGCUUAUUUAUCAUUUUAAUUUAGAAAGUAAAGACCAAUGACAUGGACAAAAUAAUUGGCAACCUUUGGCCAAGAUAACUGCAUAUAAACGCUUCAUCAAUGAGCUUGCUGCACCUUUCUGCUGACAAUUUGGCCCACUUUUCAGCAGCAUACUUCUAUAAUUCUUCAAUAAUUCAGGGGGGCCAUCCACCAACUGCGGUUUUCAGAUCUCGCCAAUACGUUUUUGAUGUGACUUUGCUGGCCACUUCAGAACAGUCCAGCAUCUCUUAACCAUUCCUGGAUGCUUUUUGAUGUGUGUGUGUGUGGGGUUGUUGUCCUGCUGGAAGACCCACAGCCUUCAGUGGAGACACAUUUUUUGGACACUGGGUUGAACACUGGGUUGAACACUGGACUCCAAAACGCCUGAUAAUCUGCUAAUUUCAAGCAACCCCACAGCAUUACCAAACCUCCCCCAUCUUUGAUUAUAGGGAGGGUGUUAUUUCAUUGAAAUAAUAAAUCAUUUGUCAGUAAACCCAGAUCUGUAUUGCCAAAGAGUUCCGAUUUUGAUUCAUUGGUUCACAGAACCUUCUCCAUAGGAUUUAGGCUUGUUUAGGUGGGUUUUUGAGAAGUCCAAACAGGCUUUUUUUUGUCUCCAGCAGUAGGGUCUUCCUAUGUUUACUAACAACCAAAUUAGGCAUUCAAAGGAAAUAACACCCUCCCUACAAUCAACCAUGGGGGAGGUUUGAUAAUGAUGUAGGGUUGCUUUGCUGCCUCUGGCAGUGCGGGCCUUGAACGUGUGCAGGACAUCAGGAAAUCUGCAGAUUAUCAAGGUGCUUUGGAGUGCAAUGUUCAACCAGGUGUCUUUGUCAAAGGUUGUGGAUCUUCCAGUAGGACAACAACCACAAACACGCAUAAAAAGCACCCUGGACUGUUCUAAUAGUCAGUGAAGGGUCCAGAUCUGAAUCACAUCUGUGACGAUCCAUCUAUGGCGAGACAGGACACUCCUCAAACAUUGAAGAAUAAGAGCAGUUUGUUGCUGAAGAGUGGGCCAAAUUGCCAGGAGAAAAAGGUACAUAAAGCUUAUUGAUGGCUACAGGAAGCAUUUGUUGGAAUUUCUUGACUGAGUACUAGCUCCUGGGUGCCAAUAAUUUUGUUAAUGUCAUUUGUCUUUAUUUUCUAAAUUAAAAUUGUAAACUUAAGUUUGCAAAAAUAAAACUGGUUCUGCAAUGUGGAAAAUCCAAUAAUGUGUGGAGACCAUUUUUUUUUUUUUACUAUUUCAACUUAUUUUAGAAGGGUGUCAAUAUAUUUGGCAACAACUGGAGGUCUCGAUUUACCCCCCAGGCUAUUUUACUAUUUUAUCUUCUGUUUUCAAAUGUUUCCAACAUUUAUGGGGCACCUGAUAAUUGGACAAGUUGCUCUGUGGAUGAUGAUGAUGUGGUUGUUUAUUGUUUAUUUUUGCUCUGAAGUCAGAGUUGGAUUACUCGAAGGGGAACCAUGGCCAUAAUAGAUUGAAGGUGUGUGGGUCUAUCCUCCUUUUUGUUCAUACUGUUGAUUUGUGUUCUGUCAGAAUCUUUAGUUUUUCUGGCCAGCCAGUUUUAUUUAGUUUCUUUUUACCCGAAUGAGUGUGUAACAGGGAGAGCUAGAAGACUAGAUGUUGUACACAGUGGUUUCCUGUCAUUUCUGAAUGGUUUUGGCCUGACAAUGUUCAGCAGCUUGUGACACUGACAGAACAAUACAGCCACUGGGAACAUCUUGUCGAAAUCUCUUGCUCUUUGUUUCUUUCUAGUUUCUCAUUUUUUCCCACUAUCUGUGUCACGUCUCUGAAUGUUGGUUAAGAUAAGAUCUGCACUCUUGAGUCUUUAAAUCAAAUAACUUAUUUAUGAGGUUUGAAAUGUUAAGGUGUGGUGAAGGAUGCCAAUGCGUAUGCAGUUCCGUUUAAUUUGUUGGUGAAGGUGGCCCAAGGAUUGGUUCUGAUGCCGUUCUGUUUAACGUGUUGGUGAAGGUGGCCCAAGGAUUGGUUCUGAUGCAGUUCUGUUUCAUUUGUUGGUGAAGGUGGCCCAAGGAUUGUUUCUGAUGCCGUUCUGUUUAAUUUGUUGGGGAAGGUGGCCCAAGGAUUGGUUCUGAUGCCGUUCUGUUUAAUUUGUCGGUGAAGGUGGCCCAAGGAUUGGUUCUGAUGCAGUUCUGUUUAAUUUGUUGGUGAAGGUGGCCCAAGGAUUGGUUCUGAUGCCGUUCUGUUUAAUUUGUUGGUGAAGGUGGCCCAAGGAUUGGUUCUGAUGCCGUUCUGUUUAAUUUGUCGGUGAAGGUGGCCCAAGGAUUGGUUCUGAUGCAGUUCUGUUUAAUUUGUUGGUGAAGGUGGCCCAAGGAUUGGUUCUGAUGCCGUUCUGUUUCAUUUGUCGGUGAAGGUGGCCCAAGGAUUGGUUCUGAUGCAGUUCUGUUUCAUUUGUUGGUGAAGGUGGCCCAAGGAUUGGUUCUGAUGCCGUUCUGUUUAAUUUGUUGGUGAAGGUGGCCCAAGGAUUGGUUCUGAUGCCGUUCUGUUUAAUUUGUUGGUGAAGGUGGCCCAAGGAUUGGUUCUGAUGCCGUUCUGUUUAAUUUGUUGGUGAAGGUGGCCCAAGGAUUGGUUCUGAUGCCGUUCUGUUUCAUUUGUUGGUGAAGGUGGCCCAAGGAUUGGUUCUGAUGCAGUUCUGUUUAAUUUGUUGGUGAAGGUGGCCCAAGGAUUGGUUCUGAUGCCGUUCUGUUUCAUUUGUUGGUGAAGGUGGCCCAAGGAUUGGUUCUGAUGCAGUUCUGUUUAAUUUGUUGGUGAAGGUGGCCCAAGGAUUGGUUCUGAUGCCAUUCUGUUUAAUUUGUUGGUGAAGGUGGCCCAAGGAUUGGUUCUGAUGCCGUUCUGUUUUAUUUGUUGGUGAAGGUGGCCCAAGGAUUGGUUCUGAUGCCGUUCUGUUUAAUUUGUUGGUGAAGGUGGCCCAAGGAUUGGUUCUGAUGCCGUUCUGUUUCAUUUGUUGGUGAAGGUGGCCCAAGGAUUGGUUCUGAUGCCGUUCUGUUUCAUUUGUUGGUGAAGGUGGCCCAAGGAUUGGUUCUGAUGCAGUUCUGUUUAAUUUGUUGGUGAAGGUGGCCCAAGGAUUGGUUCUGAUGCCGUUCUGUUUCAUUUGUUGGUGAAGGUGGCCCAAGGAUUGGUUCUGAUGCCGUUCUGUUUCAUUUGUUGGUGAAGGUGGCCCAAGGAUUGGUUCUGAUGCCGUUCUGUUUCAUUUGUUGGGGAAGGUGCCUCGAAGCUUGGUUUUCACAGAUUUUCCUUGCACCAGACAGGUUCCUCAGAUUUCCACUAAUGAUGUGUUUCUCUUUGUACUGUGACCAUUGCGCAGACUCCUAUUUAGUUUCAGAUAUUUCUCUGUCUCUAUAUGAAAUAAAAUACGAUUGUAUGAAAUGUGAA